CACCAACACAUCACAGCAGACAUCAUGGCCCAAUCAACUAUCCGAUCCAUCGCCAGCGUCAAGCCACUCCUGGACCGAGUGCUGCUGCAGAGGUUCAAGCCCGCAGAGAAGACGGCCACUGGUCUCUUUUUGCCCUCUUCGGCCACUAGCUCGCCCCUGCCCGAGGCCAGCGUCAUCGCUACUGGACCCGGAGCACCCAACAAGGAGGGAGCCGUGCAGCCAGUGUCGGUAAAGGUGGGAGACAAGGUGCUGCUGCCCAGCUGGGGAGGUCAGAGCAUCAAGGUCGGAGACGAGGAGUACCUCCUGGUCAAGGACAGCGAGAUCCUUGCCAAGAUCUCCGAGUAAGCAUCGUCGUUACCCGCUUGGCAAGCUACUUGCCAGUCAUAUCACCCACUUGUCCCCCCAGUGUACUAUCAUCUCAAAAAGAAGUGUCUACCAAUAGCAAUUGAUCGCACCACUCAACUC